CUAACUACAGCUGAUCAAUUCAACUUAACCUCAGUGAGUUCUUUUCGCCGCUAAACUAUUACCGAUUGGGCACUAAACUGAACGUUGACAGACGAUAUUAUGCAUUGCUUGGUGAGAAACAAUACAAAACAGUGUUUAUUAUGGAGCAAACAUCUACGUAAAACAUUCUCUUCCAAUGCCGGUGCCACCCAGGGUAAGGAAAAACUCACCUACAAUAAUAUGAUGCAGCGACGUCAGCAACAAGCCACACGGAGUAUUGUGGUGCAAGUACAAUCCGAAAAAUCAUUCCCUGAAUUGUAUAACUAUUGCGCCAGUUUUGGACAGAUACUCAGUGCACAUCAUUAUUGCAUACGACAUGAUGAUGAUCAACAUUAUAUAUUAUUAGAGUUUGCCAGCAUGCAAGAAGCCAAUACUGCCAUAUCCGCCUCGGCUUAUAAUGAUGAACUUUCUGGUGUGCCGGCACACUCACCUUUUCUUUGGUUUAGAGCUGUAAGUGGUAAGCGUGCGUCAAAAGCAACUACUAAAUCGACAACAGCUACAUUAGAUGCGAUUGGUGGUACCGCAAUGCUUGAUAACAAUGCCCUAAAUGAUCUGUUAUGCGCAGCACCGGAUUUAGAUGGACAAAUUGUGCUUUUGCACCAGCGAACGCAACUCAAUGAUCUAGGAGUACGUUUGCGUUUUCUUGCUGCACUACAAGUACAGCAGGCCGUUUCGGGUAUAUUUCCCUAUGCAAAUGCACAACCAUUUGGUUCGUCGGUAAAUGGUUUUGGCAGAAUGGGCUGUGAUUUAGAUUUAAUAUUGCGUUUCGAUCGUGAAGUGGUGGGACCGGCUACUAUGCAGCGUAAUAACGAGGCGCGUUUAGUAUUUCAUACGAAGGAAAAUCUAACGAAUGGUCGUUCGCAGACACAACGACAAAUGGAAAGUAUUGGUGAUAUGUUACACCUUUUUUUACCCGGAGUUUGUCAUGUGCGACGCAUACUACAGGCACGUGUGCCGAUUAUCAAAUACCAUCAUGAGCAUUUGAAUUUGGAAAUUGAUCUGUCCAUGAGCAAUCUCACCGGUUUCUACAUGUCCGAGUUGUUGUACAUGUUUGGCGAGCUCGACGAACGCGUUCGACCAUUAACCUUCUGCAUUCGUCGCUGGGCACAAACUUGUGGCCUAACCAAUCCCUCGCCUGGUCGUUGGAUAAGCAAUUUCUCACUGACGUGCCUUGUGAUAUUCUUCCUGCAGCAGAUGAAACAUCCCAUAUUGCCCACAAUAAAUACGCUGAUGAAAUCUACCACUCCGGAGGAUAUUCGCGUUACCGAGGAUGGCAUCAAUUGCAGUUUCGGCAGGGAUUUUGAACGCAUUGGCUUUCGUAGUCGCAACACAACCGGCUUGAGUGAAUUAUUACUACAGUUUUUCGAAUUCUAUUCGCAAUUCGAUUUUCAUAAUCGUGCGAUAUCACUGAACGAGGGGCGAGCCAUUGCAAAGCCAGAGCACUCUGCGCUAUAUAUUGUGAAUCCCCUGGAACAAGUGCUCAAUGUGAGUAAAAAUGUCAGCCUGGAGGAGUGUGAGCGGCUGCGCAUUGAGGUGCGCAAUGCGGCUUGGGUGCUGGAGUCGGAAGUGGAGAAUCCCUCAAUACCGGACAAUCGAAAUUCUGAGUCCCCUUGGGGCAUUUUGCAUCUUUUCAAGUCAACUGAAAAAUCCAUUGUACGACCGAAUAUGUUUUUCAAACCACGCAUGGUCGAAGUGAGCGAACUUUUUGACACCUCGACAUCGGACACCCCUCCAACUCCAGUCGAGCACAAAAAUGCCAAUACAAAGCGAGAAGUGGAGAGUAUAAAAACACAGGCGCGUGGUGACUUUAGACAAAUGCGUGUGAAUGCGAAAGGGCGCCGAAGUAGAUGAACGAGUCUGACUGCAAAUGCAAUUUUAUAUUUAAGCAGUGAAUUUUUUAUGUUAACCUAACUGCCGUGAAAGCUAACACUGUAAGUGUGAAAAAUAUCUUUGUAAAUAAUUUGUUUCUGUAGAUUCUGUAGAGAGCGGCAGACGUUUAUAACACAAGAGUUGUUAUAAAAAAUUUUAAGUUUACAAUCCUAUGCAUACAAGUAGAUUAAUGUUGUAUAUUUUCGUUUAAGAAACUUGUAAUUGUUAAGUUUAAUUAAAGGACAAAAUAAAGUUGUAAGUCGUGAAAAUUAAAAGCAA